ACUGCGAAUACGAUGAUAAGAUAUGUCAGUCCUAUUAAUCCAGCAUCAUUUCCUUCGCUCAGCAUUUUACUUCUGGCUAUUGGAAUAUUCUUCAUGUCAUGGUUUAUUGUAUAUGAGGUCACUUCUAACAGGUUCACUAGAAAUCUCAAGAAAGAGCUAUUGGUUUCCUUCUUUGCUUCCCUUUUCUUAGGUUUUGGGGUUCUUUUCUUGGUUUUAUGGGUUGGACUGUAUGUAUGA